AUGAUGGACAAUCAGCCGCCCCUCACAUCACCGGAUGGAUCCAGUCAUGGGAACCCACCAGAGAGAUGUCCCCGUCCUCUGUAUUCCCGGGAUUCCCCACAGGAAGAUCACACCAUCCCUCGCCAUCAUCAGGUAGAUGGAUCCAGUCAUGGGAACCCACCAGAGAGAUGUCCCCGUCCUCUGUAUUCCCGGGAUUCCAAAAUGGAAGGUCACACCAUCCCUCACCAUCAUCAGGUAGAUGGAUCCAGUCAUGGGAACCCACCAGAGAGAUGUCCCCCGUCUUCUGUAUCCCCGGGAUUCCACACAGGAAGGUCACACCAUCCCUCACCAUCAUCAGGUAGAUGGAUCCAGUCUUGGGAACCCACCAGAGAGAUGUCCCCAACCUCUGUAUUCCCGGGAUUCCACACAGGAAGAUCACACCAUCCCUCACCAUCAUCAGAUAGAUGGAUCCAGUAAUGGGAACCCACCAGAGAGAUGUCCCCUCCUCUGUAUUCCCGGGAUUCCACACAGGAAGGUCACACCAUCCCCCACCAUCAUCAGGUAGAUGGAUCCAGUAAUGGGAACCCACCAGAGACAUGUCCCCGUCCUCAGUAUUCGCGGGAUUCCACACAGGAAGGUUACACCAUCCCUCACCAUCAUCAGGUUGAAGAACAAAAAGACAUCAAAGUUGAGGUUAAAGAGGAAGAAGAAGAGACAUUGGUGAGUGGAGAUCAGCAGUCUAUGGAGGAGGGUGAUCCUCUGUAUUCCCAGAAUUCCAACAAGGAAGAUCAGAACUAUAUAGAGAAUGAUCAGAACAAGGAACGGAAGGACAUCAAAGCUGAGGAUAAAGAGGAAGAAGAAAGGUUGGUGAGUGGAGAUCAGCAGUCUAUGGAGGAGGAGAUGAUUAUG